CUAGUCCAUAUUAUAACGUCACUGGUAUAGACGUAGAUGACGUACGUAGAGAACACCAUCAGUCUGUAUUUGUGGUAAUACUGUAGCUUCUUAUCUUAUUUAACAUUUCUAUUUUUCACGCUAUUCAAACACAAGUCGUCAGCAAUCAGUAUUACCAUUUUCUGUGAACAAUUAAACACUUUGCUAUGGUUCAUAUUCUGGAGUGAAAAACAAGUCAGAAGAUGGUCGACACCCAAAGAACUAUGCCUAAUGUGAAUAAUUCCACCAGUCAAAAUGAAGUUACUCAAAAUGGACAACCUGCUACUACCCAGCCCCAAAGACAGCCUACAAAACUUGAAGCGUUUCUUGCCGUAGUAAAAUCUCUGAUUGUCAGAGGAUUAAUUAUGUAUUUCAUAUUUUCAUUCUUCAGACCCUCCCAAACCCCCAAACCUGGCGAACAAGUAGUUAAAGUUUCCCAGACCCCAGCCAAAAAUAUAUUUUCUGAUGGUACACUAAUGAAUUUAUAUGUUUACUUGUCAGAAAAUGAAACUAUGGAUAACUAUCACAAUUCAAAUUUGUUUUGGCUUAAAGAGGGAUUGAGGUAUGGAGAUUGGACUUCUGGCCCUAAUCUUGAUGGUUCAUAUGUGAUAGAAAAAGAUGUUCCAAUUACAGAUAAUAUGAGGAAUAAUGGAUCCCUCUUUCUUCAUGCCUAUUUGGUAAGGUCAGGGUACAGUCCGGAUCCUGCUGCAAAGAAUUUUGCAAAAAACCAGAUGUCAUCAAUAAUGAAGCAAUUGAAUAGGUAUAAAAAACUGAAAUCUGCUGGUACCAAAAAUCUAUUAACUGGUGAAAGUGAAAAAAUCGAAGUUGAAGAUGGUAAGAUUAUGUCCCAUUGGCAUCCGAACUUCACCCUGAACUUGGUCACGGAUCAAACCCUAUGGACCAAGGGGGCGGUUCCUCCUCCUCUGGACCAAUACAUCAGAUUCACAGACGAUGGAAAAGAGUAUAAAGCUGUGCUUUUUCCUAACGACUUCUGGAAUAUGGCACGAGAUUACAAGCUUCUAAACGAAAGUUUCAGUCUUCAGAUAAGAUUCCAGCCUCUGAGCUUAUUCAAGUGGCAACUCUAUGCUGCGCAGCACAUGAGACAGAAUUGGAACAUUUUCGGGGAAGGCGAACCCUCUCAGACUGACGAGGAACAAGAUACUCUUAAGGAAACCUUAUUAGACACGAAUCCGUACCUACUCGGCCUCACGAUUUGCGUUUCGAUUGUCCAUUCGGUGUUCGAGCUUCUCGCUUUCAAGAAUGACAUCCAGUUUUGGAACAAUAGAAACUCAUUGGAAGGCCUCUCGGUUCGGUCCGUGUUUUUCGGGGUGUUUCAGUCGCUGGUGGUUUUACUGUACGUCCUGGAUAACGAAACGAAUACUCUCAUAAGGGUGUCGUGUUUGGUUGGGCUCGGGAUUGAGUUUUGGAAGAUAUGGAAAGUGGUGGAUAUCAAAUUUGAGAACGGCUGGUUGACGUUCAAGGAUAAAAGUUCCUAUGUAGAAUCCAGCACAAUCGUGUAUGAUAAACUUGCUUUCAAGUACUUAUCGUGGCUUUGCUUUCCUCUGCUAGGGGGCUACUGUGUAUACGCGCUUUUGUAUUUGGAGCAUAAGGGGUGGUACUCGUUCGUUUUAGACUUACUCUAUGGUUAUUUACUGACUUUCGGAUUCAUAAUGAUGACACCGCAAUUGUUCAUAAACUACAAAUUGAAGUCCGUGGCCCAUUUGCCGUGGCGAAUGUUGACCUAUAAAUUUUUGAAUACCUUUAUAGAUGACAUGUUUGCAUUCGUCAUAAAAAUGCCUACGAUGUACCGGAUAGGCUGCUUCAGGGACGACAUUGUCUUCUUAAUAUUUUUGUAUCAACGUUGGAUAUACCCUGUUGAUAAAGCUAGAAGGAAUGAGUUUGGUUAUUCCGGUGAGGCAGAGGAAAGUCAGAAGAGCAUUUCUAGCAAUAGCGAAAUUCCAGCAGUAGAAGAAACUAAGAAAAACAAGUAAUAGUAAUUUUGUGAAUAGGAAAUUUUAGUAAUUGUUUGUUUUUUCUCCGCAUCAGUAUAGCGCUAUUGAUAUUUCAUUGUAUUUAAUUUAUGAUUUUGAAAAUAAAAACAUCUCGAACAGU